AACCCUGCACCAGAACAUUUAGAACAGAAGAACCAUUCUGCAAUCAAGGCAAAACGCAACAAACACGAAGAAGAAGUCAGCUUAUUUCGAUGUUUAAAAUCAGCUUUAAGUUGUUACCUUCAACGAGAAACCGAAGAAGAAGAAAAGCCGGAAGUUAGCAACGCGCAGGUUUUGUUUGUUUAAAAAAAAAAAAAAAAAAAUGUGUCAGGUGAAAAAGCUGAGAAUGUUGAUGGAACAACGACUACAUUCUGUGGUGGAAGAAAUAUUUGGACUGUUUGAAAGAACCAUAGCAACGUACGAGGAGGAACUUUCCAGGACGAAAGAGGAAAACGAGCGACAACAAGAACUACUGGAUGCUGUUUUCAAACCUCAAGUUGUGCUACACAGAGCAGACGUCCAGCCGGUGUCAGCAGAGAGUCAAAAAGAGGUUCCCUCCAAGCAGCAGGAGUGGAGCUCCAGUGUUGGGCAAAAGGAGUUGGAACCUCCCCACAUUAAAGAGGAAGAGGAAGAACUGUGGGAGCAGCUUCAAAGGUUGGAGGAGGCUCGUGAUGAAGAUGAAGCUCAGUCCUUACAGCUUCAUCUCAGUCAAAGUGACGAAAACAGAGGGGCGGAGCUUCUAACUCAACACAUCACAGCUGAUGGAGAGCAUCGUGAAGAUAUAAACUCAGAACCAGACAACAUCUUUGCUCCACUGUCAGAUACAGACGGCAUGUCAGACUCUUCUGAGAGAAAUCACAGUGACGACGUUUGUAAGCCGUCCGAGAAUAAUAAAAACUCUAAAGAUGAUAUGAGACAUCCUGCUGACAAAAAACACUAUAAUUGUUCUGAAUGUGGGAAAUCAUUGACAAAGAAGAGUAAUUUAAUAGCACACAUGAGACUACAUACUGGGGAGAAACCUUUUGCGUGCUCAGUUUGUUCCAAAAGAUUCUCUACAAAGGAAGCCCUGAAACAACACAUGAAUGGACACAGAGCGGAGAAACCUUUCGCUUGCUCAGUGUGUUCAAAAAGACUGUCCUCUAAAAGUCUCCUUAAAAGACACAUGAUGAUACAUACAGGGGAGAAUCCCUUUUCUUGUUCAGUUUGUCCUAAAAGAGUUAAGACUAAAUCCCAAAUGAUGUUACACAUGAGAACACACACUGGGGAGAAACCCUAUACUUGCUCUGUCUGUAGGAAGUGUUUUGCCAGUAAAAAUGGCAUGACCAAGCACAUGAAAUCACACUUGGAAGAGAGUCAAUUUACUUGCCCACUUUGCCCUAAUAGAUACUUGUGUAAAAGUGCUGUGAUGGUACACAUGAGAACUCACACGGGGGAGAAACCGUUCAGUUGCAACGUAUGCAAUAAAAGGUUCACAUAUAAGUAUCAGGUCAAAAGACACAACUGUGCAGCAGACUUGGACGCUGCUGCACAGUGUGGCUCAGGUGGUAGAGCGGUCUUCCAUAAUUCGGAGGAUUUCCUGGUAUGACUCGAGCGUUUGCCAUCCCAGUCCCUUUACAUGUGUCCCUGGGCAAGACAGUUUACCCACCUUGCUAGCAGUGUCAGACACACAGUUUUUGGCGGAACAAAACACAAUAAGUAUUUAAGUCUGCAGGGAUUUAAAUACAUUCUAACUGUGACUGUGAUUUCAGGUGGGGUUUCUCAUUUUGUGGUGUUGUAUUUUUUCUCAUGUAAUUAUUUCUAAAGUUGUAUUUGGCAAUUA